GCGGGAGGCUCGGCUCCCCCUCCAUCAGGGAAGUACCGGAAUGCAUUCCUGCUGACCCUCCCGUUAGAAGCAAGGGAAAUGCCUCUACAUGAGCUGCCUUGCUCAGAACAAAGCUUGGCAUGUUCUUAUUCCUCAACAGUCUGACAAAAUUGGUGUUUAUUUGUGCCUCCCGGCAUGUGGCUUGGACACGGUGUUCCGCAUCGGGGAAGUGGCCGAGUACCAAGUGCAAUACCCAUUACUAUAGCAACAGUUCCUUUUUAUUGAUACCAGAAUAAACAGGAAUGCGGAGCUGCCUCACUCGUUGGCACAGUUCAUCCCCAGGGCUUUAAGAACCGCCCUUUAGAGGCGGCCCUCCUUGCUAGCCUGGGACUCUCCGGUGGAGUGAGGACCCAGCCACACUGCGCCCGAGUUCCCGUCCCAACAGCACAGCCGAGAACCUCCAUGUACUCGGAGAUCCAGAGGGAGCGGGCGGACAUCGGAGGCCUGAUGGCCCGGCCAGAGUACAGAGAGUGGAACCCUGAGCUCAUCAAGCCCAAGAAACUGCUGAACCCCGUCAAGGCCUCCCGGAGCCACCAGGAGCUGCACCGAGAGCUGCUCAUGAACCACAGAAGGGGCCUGGGCGUGGACAGCAAGCCGGAGCUACAGCGUGUCCUUGAGCACCGCCGGCGGAACCAGCUCAUCAAGAAGAAGAAGGAGGAGCUGGAGGCCAAGCGGCUGCAGUGUCCCUUUGAGCAGGAGCUGUUGAGACGGCAGCAAAGGCUGAACCAGCUGGAAAAGCCACCAGAAAAGGAGGAGGACCGUGCUCCCGAAUUUAUUAAAGUCAGGGAAAACCUGCGCAGAAUCGCCACACUGACCAGUGAAGAGAGAGCGCUGUAGAGCUGGAGCUCCAGCGCCCCCUGCAGCCCGCCUUCGGCCCCCACACCCUCCUCCAGCCCUUCUGUAUCUGGCUGCCCUGGGCCCCCGCCUUGGCACAUCUGUGAUGUUCACGCUUGCUCCUGUAAAAUGCAUCGCCCCAAGAGGGCCAGUUCCACCCCUCACCCCUUCCCCCCAAAGCUGAGGGCUUCUCAGCUCCCAGGUUUUUCCCUCUGAGCACGCAUCUCUCCUGCUCCAAAAAACCCCGGCGAGGAAAACUUUCACAAGGCCCCUCUCCCGAAGGGGCUUCUGGGCCCUGCGGAGAUUUUUCUGGCAUUGUUGAGAGAAUGAGGCACGGCCCAUCUCUGGCUGAACAAGCCCACCAUUCUGCCCAGGCCCCAGAGAACUUCUCUGCAGCCAGAGGUGUGGCAGCUAAGCAGAGCAUCUCACGCCUGCCUGGAAAGCCACCGCGGGGAGAAGGCUUGACCAUCUGUCCUGGGUGAGGA